AUGUCUAUGUGUCAGUUUUCCGUGCCUCUGUUGCUUCCCAACUGUGACACAAAGCAGUGCACACUCAUGCUUUGGGCCAUGAGAGACAUUGUUAAAAAGUACAGACCUCAGUCACUUUCAGAAUCCAAGGGAUUGAUUGAAGAGAGAAUUGUUGUCUCUGAACUUCCAAUGAUAUCUUUUGUGAGACUGGGUGAGUGCUCCUUGUCCAAGUCAAAGAUCCUCAAUGAGCUUCUGAGCAAUUCUCAGCAGUACCAUGACACCUUUGUUCACUCCAACAUGGAGGGUGGUGACAGUCCAAGGAGAAUAUCCAGUGGAUUGGUUGAAAUGACUUGGUACCUCCCUUGUGGGAACAAAAACAUGGAUGUCUUCAGCGAGCCAGUUGCUGUAGCUAACCUUCGUGGGGACAUUGCUUCAUAUCAAACACAAUUUUCUUUCUUGUGUCAGACAUCUGCAGCAGUUUUUGUGUUCUUUGACGCUUUGGACUCUGAGUGUGAGCUGCUAACCAACCAAAACCACAAGGCACAGAUCUUCUUGGUGGGUAACCGUCAAAGCAAAGAUUUCAAAUUAGAUGCUGUAAAAAAGGUAGCAACCAAGUUAAGGUUAACCAAGAGAAACAUCCUUUUGAAAGAUAAGCACAUAAAUGAUGCAGACUUUGUCAAAGAUUUGCGGAAAAAAGUCAGCAAUGCAUUUGAAAACACAAAGGUGAAGAUGGGAAUUGAGAAGAUGGCUGACAUUGCCCGUAAACAUGGAAUCUGUGUUGAGUGCCAGACAGCGAAGAAAAAUGCAGAUGCUAUCACUGCAGAAAUUCAAGACAUUCUUAAAUACAAAGAGGUUCAGCUUCCCUUGCAAGGCCAAAUAUGGAAGGACCUUACUCGCUUGGAGAAAGAAGAAUUGCGACUUCGGCAAGUUGGGUCUGAAAAUAUAGAAAAGUACAAAAGUGAUCUUCAGCUACAGAAAACCAAACUUUGGGAAGAACAGAACUCUCAUGACAUCUCAAAGGCAAUGACAUGUUUCAUCAAUGCAAUAUCAAGCCCAGGGAUUGAGAGGUGCUAUUUCCUGAAAUGGAUGCGAAUCAACCUCGAUAACGUGUCUCGGGAAAAACUCUUUGACCUCAGGGAGCAGUACAAAGAAAAAUGCAAAAACCCUGAGAACAAAGAGGAGAUCAAGGAGAUUGACAAACAACUUUCCAACAGCUCAUUAGGGACUGAACACUUCUUCCGUGAAAUGGGGCAGAUCUAUGAAGCUUCCCUUUCCCUUCCUGAAACAGACGCAGCACGUCAACAACUACAGCAUCUCCCCAAGCUAUGUGCUGAGUUAAUGAUUGAUGGAUUUCCACUUGAGCUUGUAGAUGGAGAAGCAUCCAACAUACCUCUCAGAUGGGUGACUGACGUUCUCUCUCAGCUCAAUGACUUGGUGUCUCCUAAGAACAAGAUCCUGGUAGUCACAGUUCUUGGAGUUCAGAGCACAGGAAAGUCCACUCUCCUCAACACCAUGUUUGGAGUGCAGUUUGCAGUCAGCAGUGGUCGAUGCACUCGAGGUGCCUUUAUGUUGCUGAUUAAAAUCAAUGAAGAUGUCAGAAAAGACUUCAACUGUGACUUCAUGGUGAUCAUUGACACUGAGGGCUUAAAGUCACCAGAGCUCGCACAACUGGACAAUAGCCACGAGCACGACAAUGAGCUUGCAACACUUGUUGUGGGGCUGAGUGAUAUCACCAUCAUCAAUGUUUCAAUGGAGAAUUCAACAGAAAUGAAGGACAUCCUACAGAUAGUUGUACACGCUUUCCUCAGGAUGAAAGAGGUGGGCAAAAAGAAGCCCAAAUGUCAGUUUGUUCACCAGAAUGUGUCUGAUGUUUCAGCCCAUGACAAGAACCUGCGAGACAGGAAACUGCUCCUGCAACAGUUAAACGAGAUGACCCAGGCAGCAGCCAAAAUGGAAAAGAAAGAAGAGUACUCGAGCUUCACUGAUGUGAUGGAGUACAGUCCAGACACUGGAAACUGGUACAUUCCUGGACUCUGGAAUGGAAACCCACCGAUGGCACCAGUCAAUGCAGGCUACAGCGAGGCUGUCUAUGAGCUCAAGAAGAACAUCAUCCACAUUUUGGAAAGUUGUGGAUCAUCAGCUAAUAAUAUCUUGGAGUUUACAGAGUGGAUGAAGAGCCUGUGGACGGCAGUAAAACAUGAAAACUUCAUCUUCAGCUUCAGAAACAGUCUCGUGGCUGAUGCAUACAUGAGGCUGUGCACAGAAUUCAACAAAUGGGAAUGGGACUUCAAAAAAGAAAUGUUCACAUGGGUUACACAAGCUGAAACAAGAAUCUCCAACUUCGGUACACCUGCUGAUAAAUCUAACAUAUCUGACAUGACCGAACUUCAUUUGCUAUUGAAAAACAAAGUUUUGACAGAGCUGUCUGAAUGGGAAACAAAGCUUCUUGAAAAUCUGGACCAGUACUUCAAGCAAACAGAGGGUCAUGUCUAUCUUGUUGAAGGAUACAGAGAGGAGUUUAAAAACAGUGCUUAG